AAAUCCACACUAGAAGAUAAUCUUUUUGUCAUUUGUGGUGAGCUGUUGAAAACGCUGCCAUUAACUUUUGAUUUACUGGCAAAAACUCAACGCGACAAGAAAAAAGCCCUUUCAUAAUGAUUUACCAGUGCAGCGUGCAUAGAGGGGCGUUUGCAGGCAGUAAGUGAAGUUUCAUGUUUAUUCGAUACGAGUCGAUAUGUACGAGCCGGACACGGCUGCUAUCCUUACGGAUGACGAGGAACUGAAAGCCGAUGGCUCAUACUUUCCGCCCGGCCAUGAUGAGGACACCCUGCAACUGCCACCGCCGACCUCUCGGCCGGCGGGACCGCCGUUUGCGUGUCCGCUUCCAGUGUCCGUGGAGCCCGUCAUGUUCCUGUCCGUGUUUGCCGUGGUCCUCCAGGCGCCGCUGACCACUCAAUAUCUGUGGGACCGAAUUAGCGAAGACGUUGGCUACAAUGCUUCGAAAAUGUCGGAGUGCGGCAACAGAUCCGCGGGGCCAAACGCUCUUCAGAAGGAGGUGGAAACCCUGACAGCACACUGGAACCUCUACAUCAGUCUGGCGGGCUUUUCUGUCGGCUUGCUGGUGGUCCCUCUUCUGGGCUCGUGGAGCGAUUUUGCAGGUCGCAGGCCGGUCCUCAUCAUUCCCAACCUGGGUCUGGCCAUGCAGGUGGUUGUCUACCUCAUAGUGAUGUACCUCAAGCUGCCUGUGGCCUACUUUCUCGUGGGUCGACUGCUCAGUGGACUUUCGGGGGAUUUCAAUGCUAUACUGGCUGCCUGCUUUGCGUAUGUGGCCGACACGAGCGACAGAAAAGCCCGCACUCUCAGGGUGGCGGUCCUGGAAGCUUGUAUUGGGCUCUCUGGGAUGUUUGCCAGCAUUAUCGGAGGGCACUGGAGGCGGAUGCAAGGCUACAUCAACCCCUUCUGGUUGGUCCUGGCAACCAGCCUGAUGUCGGCUCUGUAUGCCUUCCUGUUUGUCCCCGAAUCUGUCGCGAAAGACCCCAGCGCCAAGCUUCUCACCGUUCGCCAUCACAAAGCCGUGUGGCACAUUUUCUCCACCGGGGGCAGCGAGGGCGGCGGAAGGUUCCUGAGAAUCAAACUGUGGCUCUACAUGCUCUGCUUCUUCCUUGUGGUGAGCAUCCACAUCGGGAGCCGCGAGCUGUACGUCCUGUACGAGCUGAGCCCGCCGCUGUGCUGGGUCUCGACGCUCAUCGGCUAUGGCUCGGCUGCUCUGCACUUGUGCUACCUGAGCAGCCUGCUGGGGCUGAAGGUCAUGCUGCACUGGCUGGAGGACUCAUGGGUGGCUGUUAUUAGUCUUGCCUCCAACAUCACUGGGCUGCUGGUUUUCUCUGUGGCGGACACCACUCUGCUCAUGUUCACAGGUUAUGGUUUUUUAUUCUUCUUUGUGGCUGCUACUCCUGUGCUCAGAGCCAAGCUGUCCAAGCUGGUGAGCCAGUCUGAACAAGGUGCUCUCUUUUCCGCCGUGGCCUGUGUGGAGAGCUUGUGUUUCCUCGUGGGUAGUGGCCUCUUCAACUCUGUCUAUCCAGCCACGCUGCACUUCAUGAAGGGCUUCGCCUUCCUCUUGGCCGCCAUCCUCCUCCUCAUCCCAGCAAGUAUAAUCGGGACGCUGCGUUGUUUGGAGAUGAGAGAACUCAGCGACGCCAUGGCAUCCUGACCUGCACAAUCAGACCAAAAAUAAAUACCAAUGGCAUCACUGUAGCAGAGGGAGGAACGCAAAUGAUUCUUCCCACUAACACAUUUUACUUGAAAGAGUGAGAGCCAACAAAUUAGUGAAUAAGGGUGUAUUCAGAUCAGAAAAGUCCUUUAGUCCACUUGUUUGGUCCGGACCAAAAGCGGACUUAAUUUGUUUCGUUUGGUGCGGUUCCCAUUCAGACUGUACAUUUUGCAAGUGGAGUAUAUUUUGUAGACACAUCCACGCUUGUGACGAUCUGUGCUCCCAUUCCCGGAAAUAGAGGAAAACAUGCUGAUUAACUAAUAUUUUAUCCAGUUUGUCAAACCAAGGGCACUGGUCGUUUUCGUCACCUGAACUCCCGCUCUUCUUUAAGGCGUCUCGUACUUUCAUGUAAGUUUGGUGAAGUUUUUUUACUUUGACUCAGCAUUGUUCAUGGGACCGCUCGAAGCACCUCUCCUUCAUUUUCUCACUAAACAUGCCGAACACGACCGCAUUUUUGUGUGUCUUCUCUAGCAGUUGUAUAAUAUGUGUAUCUGCCCAUAUAUUCAAGAGGCACAGUUUCUUUUCAUUGCCCCCACGGCUCAUUUUUUGUAGCAUUCAACUGUUAGCAGCACUGAAAAGCUAAUUUUUCCCACGGUGUCUUGCUACGGUGUCUUGCACCUGCAUAAAAGGUCCGGACCAGCAUUACAAUCGAACCCGGUCCUUUUAAAGUGGACCAAACAGUCAGGUCUGAAUACACUUUAAGUUCACUAAAAAUGAUUCUGCAAUUGCAAAAAGUCAAUGAAGGGAAAACUUGUUUUUAUGCAUUUAUUUUUGCGCAUUGUGAAUCAUCCAAGAGGCUGCAUUUCAAUAUGAAUACAAUAUUGAAACUGAUUUUAUUCUGUCCAUUUGAAAAAUAAUAAUCGUCCAAAGCACAAGUGCAAUAUUGUUGAUUCACAUUUCUUCAUUAUUGUAUACAUAUUGUUCAAAGAGAACCAGCGUAAUGUCAUUUUUAGUCCGUCCAAUUUUUUAACGGUUAUCUGAUUUUAAUCCAUCCAUAUUUUUGACAAUUGUUAUAUGGAAAUGAAUGAUUUUUAAAAAAUAAUGAACUGUUUUUUUUUCCUGUAUUUAAAAUAAUUGUUACUUUUGUCAGAUUCUUGUUUGUUUUCAGUGACCUUUGUGUGUGUUUUUUUUUAAAUUUCUUUAACAGAAGGGAACCAACAAUUUAGACUGCGUGCAGAAAAAUGGGAAUCAUGUAACCAGUUGGGGAUUACUGAGUUAGAACUUGAAGCAAAGCAACACCGGAUAGUCCCUCAGCACACAGGCACACACAACAUGGAGCCGUCCGGGUUGCACUGUGAGCUAACAAAUCAGCUUUAAAAUGCACAACGGGAAGAGCAGAGGUCAAACAGCAUAUUGGCUUGUUGGGAUUGAGCUGUGUGUUUUCUACUGGAAGGACACUUGUAAUAUUUCAGAAAUAAAAAUGUUUUUAAGAUGCA